AUGAAAAAACGAAACCCAGUUGUUCAUCUUCUUCUCCAUUCGUCUGCUCCUAUUCAAGCUCUCUUCAUCCUUCGUCGUCCUCACUUUCAUUUCUGUAAAAACCCAUCGCCCAACAACGUAACCUCUCACAACAACGUAACCUCUCCUUCGCAAAACCCAUCGCCCUCCCCCAACUCAUCUCUUCUUUCACCACCCACUCACCUCAACAACCGCCGCAUUACAUCUCCACCGUUGGAUCUUCAUCUUCAUCGCUCAAUCCCUCUCACUGGAACCUCACUCUCCUCCAAGCCCUCGCCGUCGCGACAGCGAUAUUUACGACGUGGCUUUUUCGUUCUGCAGUUCCCACGCUUCUGGCUUUCAAGAAGGCAGCGGAAUCACUUGAGAAGACAAGAGAUUACCCAAGGUGUUAGAAGCUCCACUCGCGCCGUUCGCUCGGUGGAGCAGGGGCUUCGCAGUUUAACCACUAUGCCUUCUUCUUCAGCUUCUUUGCUGGGAAUGGAAUACAGCUCCAAUACUGAGCCUGAUUCGAAUGUUUUUCUCCCUUAUCAAAUUCGUGAUAUUCUACCGCACAGGUUUCCAUUUCUUCUAGUGGAUAGAGUGAUUGAAUACAAUCCUGGAGUUUCUGCAGUGGCUAUUAAGAAUGUAACAAUAAAUGAUAACUUCUUUCCUGGACAUUUUCCAGAAAGACCUAUCAUGCCUGGUGUGCUCAUGGUUGAGGCACUGGCACGGGUAGGUGGCUUAGUUAUGUUACAACCUGAAGUGGGAGGUUCUCGCGAGAAUUUCUUCUUUGCCGGUAUAGACAAAGUACGGUUUAGGAAGCCUGUGAUUGCUGGAGACACCUUAGUUAUGAGAAUGACACUUAUCAAACUGCAAAAGCGAUUUGGAAUAGCAAAGAUGGAAGGGAAGGCAUAUGUUGGAGGUGAAGUUGUAUGUGAGGGUGACUUUUUGAUGGCCACAGGAUCUUCUAGCGAAUAA